AAUUAAUGGCUGUGCGAAUAAUUAUACUGUCAAAAAUAACGAAAGCUAUAAAUUGCUGAGCAUCAUUACUUUGAAUAAAAUCUGGAACAAUAAGAAUGAGAGAACUUCUUAGAGUUUUCCCCAGAAACAAAGAAAAAAAUUGGACAAGACAUCCCAACGAACAAACACAAAAUGAGGACAAAUCCGUGGAUGAAACUAUUGAAAGCAUAGUGGCAAAUGCCACACAAGUAAGAAAACUCCAGGAGCUAAACAAAAAAAAAGAACAAAUAAAGGCAACGGUUGAACCCAAUCGCCACGCUACACUCCAUUAUUCUAACUGUACCAAAACCAAACAACAGGAUGCAAAGAAAUGCUUUCAGCUGCAAAACUUCAACCUAGCCCCAUCUUUCGUUGUCAGGAAACGGAAGCUCGGUUAUGGCGCGGGUUCUAAUAUUCCUGAUGUGCUUUUGCCUGGGAUGGAACGAUAUGGACAAGAAUCUUGGAAGCAUUUGAAUUCUACCGACAAUACGUCAGACUUGUUUUCUCCAAAAAAAUGCGUCCAAAACAUCCCUCCCUCGAAGGUAAGCCCAAUUCCUGAAUUCAUCGCCAAGGACUUUUCACUGGAUUUUGCCAAUGAACUAACGUCCCUGAUGGUCGUUAAACCGAAUAAAAUUGGGUCAGAAUCAGCCAGUAUUGCAAAAACCUUGCCUUACCAGAGCAAAGUCAGUGAUUGCGAGGAAUUCUUGCUAGAUGCCGACGUCGAAGAACCAGUAAAAAACUCUGUGUUUUGGCUCUACCGUAGUUUCCCACACAUUGCGUAA